CUCCCUAAGGGAAACUGAAGGAGAACAAUAUUGCUGUGAUUCUCUGUCCAAUUAAUCCAAACUUGUAUGUGUUGGGUUGAAUUUGGAAGUUGGAUCAAAGAAAUGAUGGGUAUUAAUUCCAGCAUUUCCGAAAGAUGGAAGCAGCUGAGCGGACUGGAUAACUGGAAGAACAUGUUAGACCCACUCGACAUCGAUCUCCGGCGAUACAUCAUCCACUACGGCGAAAUGGCUCAGGCGGCAUACGACGCCUUCAACUCCGAGAAGGCGUCAAAGUAUGCCGGAAGCAGCCAUUAUGGUAGGUUGGACUUCUUCUCGAAGGUGGGUCUGGAGAUGGGUAAUCCAUACAAGUACGAGGUGACAAAGUUCAUCUACGCCACAUCCUCUGUGAAAAUGCCAGAUGCUUUCAUAUUGAAGUCUUUGUCAAGAGAGGCAUGGAGUAAGGAAUCCAAUUGGAUAGGUUAUGUUGCGGUGGCCACGGAUGAAGGGAAGAAAGUGUUGGGAAGGAGGGAUAUUGUGAUUGCGUGGAGAGGAACGGUGCGGCCUUUGGAAUGGGCCGAUGACUUGAACUUCAAAUUGGUCUCUGCUGACUCCAUAUUUGGGCCUGCUUGUGGCGAUUCUGCGGUACAUGAUGGUUGGUACUCCAUGUAUACUUCUGAUGAUCCACGCUCUCAUUACAAUAAGUCCAGCGCAAGAUCGCAGGUAUUGAGUGAGGUGAGAAGACUGGUGGAAAAAUUCAAGAAUGAAGAGAUCAGCAUAACUAUAACAGGACACAGCUUAGGAGCAGCACUUGCAACACUAAACGCAGCAGACAUAGUUUCCAAUGGAGUGAAUAAGCCUAAGGACCAACCAAGCAAUGCCUGCCUAGUGACAGCUUUCGUCUUUGCUAGUCCCCGAGUUGGAGAUCCAAACUUCUGUAAGUUCUUCUCUAGUUUGGAUGACCUACGAGCGUUGCGCAUCCGCAACGUCCCUGAUGUUGUACCUAACUACCCAUCCGUUGGCUACUCCGAUGUCGGACAGGAACUAGUGCUCGACACUCGAAAAUCUAACUACUUAAAGAGCCCUGGGGAUUUUUCAAGUUGGCAUAACUUGGAGGCUUACCUACAUGGUGUCGCUGGCACACAAGGGGCGACAGGAGGGUUUAAGUUGGAAGUUGAUCUUGAUAUCACUCUUGUGAACAAGAACAUGGAUGGCUUGAAGGAUGAAUAUCUUGUGCCUAUUUCAUGGUGGGUUGAGAAGAAUAAGGGGAUGGUUCAAUUUAAUAAUGGUUCAUGGAAGUUAAUGGACCAUCAAGGAGACAUUGAUUUUGGGUUUUGAGUGUUCAUCUUAUUAGUGUCAGUAUGAUUUGUACUGUACUUCCAUUAUCAUAUUUCAAUCUUUGUUGAA